GUGAGGCUAUUGGGUUGGUGGCAGCAUUUGACCUUGCUUUUCCCAGUUGGAAGACACCCCCAAGUUUGCAACAUCUGUACAUGGAAUAUGAAGAGGAUGAUGAUAUUUCCUUUGCAAAAUGGAUGAGCAGCUUCUGGGGACACAGCUUGAUUGAUGAGAAUGAGAAAGAGGGUAGAGGCCACAAGAAACAUCAGACUCGACUUUUUAGUGAAAGGAGAGCCUCCCUUCCGGCCAGGCUUUCCUCUCUCCACACAACACGACUUCAUGCUUCUACCAAAGGCUCAUCUUCAGGGCAUCUCAAGGGAUCCAAGGAAUUUCAAGAGGACCAGGAUGUCAAAUGCCACUGCCACAGGAAGGCAAGCAGAACACCUUCAGGAGACAGCUCAUGCCCAGAGACAAGAUCAAACUCCAUCCAGGAAUUUGCAGAGUCCUUUGAAAAACAAUUGCAUCUCAAAAGCAAACGCUCAGUUUCUUUGCAACCUGAAGGUGUGAAGGAGAGAAGAGAAAGAUUGCAUUUGGGAAAAAGCAAGUCUCAUAAGAGAAUGGGAGAAAAAUCAGAGCCAAGGAGAGAGCAGGAAGAAGAUGAAGGUUCAGAAGCUGUACCUGCAAAACACAACAAACAAUUUCUUUCACAAGCAAGCACUGAGAAAGGAUACUUAUGCACGGGGAGCUAGAACGUGUUAAGAUAAUGAAUUUUAACACUCCCCCUCAAGAGCAGAGGGAGCAUUCUUGUUUUGCUUUGAUUAGAAGAGGCCUGUUAGGUAGAAUAAACCCUAACCUGUAAAAUAAAAGUAAAAUUCAACUGCAUCAUU